GCUUUACAGGAUAUUUUGCUUUCGGCUUCCCAGCUUCUGAUAUCCGAGCGCCUCAUUCGCUAUGCAGAAUUUUGCUUGUGCACUUUUGUUGCUCUUUGUGGCCCUCGUUAAGGGGGACUACGGAAGACCUCAAGCUUUCUGCCAACCCUCGACGGAAAUCCUAGUGGUCACAAAAACGUCGCUUGACCUCCUGCGGGACCGGGUCACUGCGUUAGACCUGCAACACAGUCACAGCAACCUGCAAGUGACCAAGACCGUCUUCGCGACCUCCACCUUCGUCCAGACCUUGAACGUGACGCAGGUGCCGCUCCCAGAGAUCCGGACGAGGUCCAGUUACGUCACGGCGUCAGUGUUCAAAACGCUCGUCACGACGCUCGAGGCCACGACAGCCGUCACUCGAACGCAGCCUCUGUGGGUGACGAAGGUCGUCCUCGAGGACGUGACCUUCAAGCACACGGUCCUCAACGCGGGGACGGUUAGCCGGACCCUCACUGAGACUCGAGUCAUCACGGCCUUCGACACUCGCACCUCCACCGCCGUCAGAAGCGCCAUCGUCACCACGACGGAGUUCCGACCCUCCUACGUCACCAAAGCGCGCUACCAGACGCUCGAGCGACGCGUCACCAGCACCGUGACCAGCCUGCAACGCGUGCAGGUGUUUUCCACUCUAACCAAAACGCGCUCGAUUCGUCCAAGGCAAAACCACGGAUAAUAUAGUGUGGUGAUGCAGUGGAAUCUGAGCAAAGCCUACUUUUCAAAGCUUGGAUCCCCAAGGAAAUGAAUUUCAUAUCAAACUAACCAUCAAAACAUGAAUUUAUUGAAAAACAAUUGCAUGGUAAAUUCCAGUGCUAUGUAACGUUAAAUACAGAUUAAAAGGUAGAU